CUCACAAUGUUGUGCAAUCAUCACUUUUAUCUAGAUGCAAAACAUUUUCAUCACCCCAAAGGAGCCCCAUACCCGUUAAAUAGUCAUUCCCUGCUCCUCCCUUCCCCCAGCCUCUGGCAUUUGCUAAUCUGCUUUCUGUUUCUAUGGAUUUACCUGUUCUGGACAUAUUAUAUUAAUGCAGUCACAUACUACGUAACCAUUUAUGUCUAGCUACUUGGUGCAAUGUUUAAAGGUUCUUCCUCAUUGCAGCAUGUUUCAAUACUUUAUCCUUUUUAAUGGCUGAAUAAUAUUCUUUUCAUAUAUACCACAGUUUGUUUAUCUACUCCUCCAUUGAUGGGCAUUCAAGUUGUUUCUGCCUUUUGGCUAUUGUGAAUGAUGCUGCUAUGAACAUUUGUGUACAAGCCUUUGUUUGAACACCUGUUUUUAAUUCUUGCUGUAUCCCCAGGGAUGGAAUUUCUGGGUCCUGUGGUAAUUCUAUGUUUAACUUUUUGAGGAACCACCAAACUGUUUUCCAUAGCAGCUGCACCAUUUUAUAUUCCCUCCAGUAAUGUAGGAGUGUUCCCAUUUCUCCGGAUCCUCAUCAAGCAUUUAUUGUUCUCCAUCUUUUUAAUUGUAGCCAUCCUGGUGGUAUACAGUGGUAUCUAAUGCAAUUCCUGGGAUUUUGUACCAAGCACCUCCCAUGUGCCAGGCACUGCGGGGCAGGUACUGUAGGGUACUAAACAGAUAUUGCAUCUGCUUGUCCUGUUGUUGGUGAGGCCAUGCAUUCAUUAUUCCUUAAUAGUAAAGAAAAAGAAGGCCUUUUCCUAGAGUAUUUCAAUUCUGCUCGUUAGCUCAAUCGAAUGUAGUUAUCAGCAUAGCCCGUGUUGCUGGGUUUUGAUGCCCUUUUUUCAGCAGUUAAUUACAAGGGCCUUUAUACUCCCUUACACUGAGCUUGCAAGACAUGUUUAAUUGGCUUCUGCUGCCACAAAAAUACCUUUGAGUGAUGCUUCAAUAAUGGCCACUCGCCCUGAACAUCUACUGCACAGCCUGGUUAGCGCUGCCCGUUGGUUUCCGUACCCGGGGCUUGUGCACCUUUGGAAGGCAAGCCUGUAUCACCACUGGGAGAGACCACGCCCAGGAAAAAUGGGUUGAGCUCUAUGUAAUUUACAAGUUGCCUAGAGCAAAAGAACCAUUUCUCUGGAUAUGCCAUGCCUCUGCCCAAGAAAACACUAACCUGUCCCAGCCUGUUCAGAAGGCCAUCCAUUGGCUCCCAAUAGGUGACCUGGAAUUGAAGCAUCUCCUUAGGGUGUAGGCACCUGUCCAUGGUCCUCAGAGACUGAAGCGAAAACCAGUCUUCUUCCCCCAGUGAUCCUAAAAGCCAAAUGGACUGGGACUCUCGGGGAAUGUCUUUGAGAGACACAUGGGAGGCAGUUGGGGGACAGUGUUGAGUGAGCUGCCCCCACCACUCUGCUAACCUUCUGGGUAAGAAUGCCUACAGGCCAAGGAAAGCAACCAGGUCGGAGUGACAGAUACCGAGACCAAACCCUGACUUUUGUCACCAGCCUCUUCCCAGCCCAUAAUAACUUGAGUCACACCCACACAGCCAUGUUAUAGGUUCCUUAUCUUUAUACUUUGAAAGUCAGAAAGAGGUAGAAUAGCAUGAUGGGUGAGCCCUGAGGCUCCCAGACCAGGAAGGCAGGUUUGAACUUGACUCUCCAGUGUACCAGCUGAGCUCCCUUCGUGAUGCUGCAUAACCUCUCUGAACCUUGAUUUCCUCCUGUGUUCACAACUAGUCCAAUUGCAGUGAAAUAAGUGUUUGAAGGAAGGGAUGGCCGAAGGGUCAUGAGAGCUUGGAGAGGGCAGCUGCAAAUUUUGUGGGAGUUUGUACAGGAAGGUCUCAUAGAGGAGGUGGCCCUUGAGGAGGGUCUUGAUUCCCCAAACAGAGGAGGGGCCAGGACCGGUGUAAGUGAGACAUAGGAAAGUGAAAGUACUUGGUAUGCUCACGUGUUGCAUAGAGGGUGGAACGAUGCCUUGCUAAGGAGUCUGAGCUGUUUCCAGAAGAGCAGCCAGUUCUCAUAGUCCUUAUGAGCAUGGGCAGACCUGGGUUCAAAGCCGAGUUUAGAGAUGUAGCUCUCAGUGUCUCACUUUCUUCUUCUGUAAAGUAGGAACUGUUCUGAGACCAAAGUGACAUAAGACAUUUAAGAUGCUCAGCUCAAUACUUGAUGCCUAAUAAAUGAUAUGUGCAAUUAUUAUCGUGGUUGUGACGGUGGUAUUGUCACAGUUUAUAAUGUAGGCCGCCAGGAACAUUAUGGAAUAUUCAGAUUAAGAAGUUAUACCUCAUAGAUGGUGUGGCAUUUGAUUAUUUUAGGUGCUUAAUACAUUGUUUGAUGGAUUAUUAAUUGAAAACAGCCACUAAGAAAUGGGGUUAAGUUUUGCAAUUUCUGUCCUUGGUGGUUCUCACCUAUGGGAAUUGUGAAAAAUGUUCCCAUAUUGCAUCAUUCUCCCGGUAAGGGAAAAAUUUGUAUCUUCUUUGUUGUAGGUUUUUGGUGGCUUCUCGUAUUUCAAUCUCUUAGCAGCUGGAAAAGUAUGAAAAACAUAUAUGAGUCUGAACUGCUGCCCUUAGUCUAGAAAGAAUAUAUUGAAUAUCUCAAAUAAUAGAUUCUUUGGUCUAGGACGAAAGAAGAAAGAAUAGGCUGAAAUCACAGAAGGGUCUGAGUGUGAUGAACAGGAACUUUUCCUUAAGACUCGGAAGAAAUCAAUCUCAGGUCACAUAACUUUAGAGCUAAAAGAGACCUCAGAGACUGUGUAAAAACGAAUUGCUAUAUUUAAUAUUAUUUGUUUUAAGGCAAAUAAAAUUAAGCAAUGCCAACAAUCCAUUUUCAGAGUGCACACAUUUCAUUACUUUAAUAUUCAAAAAUUCCUUUUGGGCUAAAUGUUAUUAUCUCCAUUUUACAACUGAGACUGAUGAAACUGACACUCAGGGACAAGGAUAUGAAUGACUUAGUUCACACGGCUAGCAAUUACACAAGUCCUGGUCUUCCACUGUACAAAAAAUGGACAGUCAAUAUUGAGAGCCUCCGUAGGGUUGGUUAGUACCAGCUGGAAAUACGAAUAAAAUCAAGGAAGUCUUAGUUAAAUUUCUACAUGAGAUAUCGUGUGAUUCUUUUAAAGGGAAACAAAGAUCUCUGGAGGUCUAAGGAGGUGACGCAGCCUCAAUGCACUGUCACAGAGAGAGCCCCAGGAUGAGUUGACUGAUGGCUUUAACCCAGAGUAGGGAUGCUUAAAAUCCUGUAUUUGAAUGGCAUCUCACCUGGGCGCCCACCUCGUACCUAGAAAGAAAUAUCUCAGGUCUGGCUUCUGCAUGCUGGUCAUAUUCACACUGCUGGGAUAGUUUUUAAUCCUUAGAGUCCAGUGGAAAUAUUUCUGAAACCCCCAGGGGGAUGGGGGAAAAAAAAAAAAAAAACACUUCUCAGUACCUCACUACAGUUUGUGCUUGGUGAUUUAGAAAAAGUAGUGAAAAACAGAGAUGUGGAAGAUAAGUUUCCAUGCCCGUUAGCAAAAGCACAUUUCAUCUUCCUGGUUUCUCCCUCCUUCCUCCCUCCUGCGCCUUUGCCUGGGAUGGUUAUCGCUCAAGAGUGUAACUAGGGAAACCACAAACCUGCCCCAAUCACUAUGGAGACAGCCAUUUAUUUGUCCAGCCUCUGAGUAUUCAUGACAUCAGCAAGGCUGGCGAGUAAAACACAGAUACUUCUUACAAAGAAAUUCUGAUGGCCGAGGAGGAAGGUUGGGAAUGCACGGUAGGACCUUUCAGUGACUUUCGGGGCUCCCGCCAGCCUCACUGCAGGCAACUGGACAACAACCACAUCAGCUGCAUUGAAGAUGGAGCCUUCCGAGCCCUGCGCGAUCUGGAGAUCCUCACCCUCAACAACAACAACAUCAGCCGCAUCCUGGUCACCAGCUUCAACCACAUGCCGAAGAUCCGCACUCUGCGCCUGCACUCCAACCACCUGCACUGCGACUGCCACCUGGCCUGGCUUUCAGACUGGCUGCGACAGCGGCGGACAAUCGGCCAGUUCACGCUCUGCAUGGCUCCCGUGCACCUGAGGGGCUUCAACGUGGCGGACGUGCAGAAGAAGGAGUACGUGUGCCCAGGCCCCCACUCGGAGCCGCCGUCCUGCAAUGCCAACGCCAUCUCCUGCCCCUCGCCCUGCACCUGCAGCAACAACAUCGUGGACUGUCGAGGGAAGGGCUUGACGGAGAUCCCUGCCAACCUGCCAGAGGGCAUCGUCGAAAUACGUCUAGAACAGAACUCCAUCAAGACCAUCCCGGCAGGAGCCUUCUCCCAGUACAAGAAACUGAAGCGAAUAGACAUCAGCAAGAAUCAGAUAUCGGAUAUUGCUCCAGAUGCCUUCCAGGGCCUGAAAUCACUCACAUCGCUGGUGCUCUAUGGGAACAAGAUCACCGAGAUUGCCAAGGGACUGUUUGAUGGGCUGGUGUCCCUACAGCUGCUCCUCCUCAAUGCCAACAAGAUCAACUGCCUGCGGGUGAACACCUUUCAGGACCUGCAGGACCUCACCUUGCUCUCCCUGUAUGACAACAAGCUGCAGACCAUCAGCAAGGGGCUCUUUGCCCCUCUGCAGUCCAUCCAGACUCUCCACUUAGCCCAAAACCCGUUUGUGUGCGACUGCCACUUGAAGUGGCUGGCGGACUACCUCCAGGACAACCCCAUCGAGACAAGCGGGGCCCGCUGCAGCAGCCCGCGCCGGCUCGCCAACAAGCGCAUCAGCCAGAUCAAGAGCAAGAAGUUCCGCUGCUCAGGCUCCGAGGAUUACCGCAGCAGGUUCAGCAGCGAGUGCUUCAUGGACCUCGUGUGCCCCGAGAAGUGCCGCUGCGAGGGCACCGUCGUGGACUGCUCCAACCAGAAGCUGGCCCGAAUCCCAAGCCACCUCCCCGAAUAUGUCACCGACCUGCGACUGAACGACAACGAGAUAUCUGUUCUAGAAGCCACGGGUAUCUUCAAGAAGUUGCCCAACCUGCGGAAAAUAAACCUGAGUAACAACCGGAUCAAGGAAGUGAGAGAGGGCGCCUUCGACGGAGCGGCCGGCGUGCAGGAGCUGAUGCUGACAGGGAACCAGCUGGACACCGUGCACGGGCGCAUGUUCCGGGGCCUCAGUGGCCUCAAGACCCUGAUGCUCAGGAGUAACUUGAUCAGCUGUGUGAGCAAUGACACCUUUGCCGGCCUGAGUGCAGUGAGGCUACUCUCCCUCUAUGACAAUCGGAUCACCACCAUCACCCCUGGAGCAUUCACCACGCUUGUGUCCCUGUCCACCAUAAACCUCCUGUCCAACCCCUUCAACUGCAACUGCCACCUGGCCUGGCUGGGCAAGUGGCUGAGGAAGAGGCGGAUCGUCAGUGGGAACCCUAGGUGCCAGAAGCCGUUUUUCCUUAAGGAGAUCCCCAUCCAAGAUGUGGCCAUCCAGGACUUCACCUGCGACGGCAACGACGAGAGCAGCUGCCAGCUGGGCCCGCGCUGCCCCGACCAGUGCACCUGCGUGGACACGGUGGUGCGCUGCAGCCACAGGGGCCUCCGCGCCCUGCCCAAAGGCAUGCCCAGGGAUGUGACCGAGCUGUACCUGGAAGGAAACCACCUCACAGCUGUGCCCAGAGAGCUGUCCGCCCUCCGACACCUGACACUCAUUGACCUGAGCAACAACAGCAUCAGUGUGCUGACCAAUUACACCUUCAGUAACAUGUCUCACCUCUCCACUCUGAUUCUGAGCUACAACCGGCUGAGAUGCAUUCCCGUCCACGCCUUCAACGGGCUGCGGUCCCUCCGAGUGCUAACCCUCCAUGGCAACGACAUUUCCAGCGUCCCCGAAGGCUCCUUCAACGACCUCACAUCUCUUUCCCAUCUGGCCCUGGGAACCAACCCACUCCACUGUGACUGCAGUCUGCGGUGGCUGUCGGAGUGGGUGAAGGCCGGGUACAAGGAGCCUGGCAUCGCCCGCUGCAGUAGCCCCGAGCCCAUGGCCGACAGGCUCCUGCUCACCACCCCCACCCACCGAUUCCAGUGCAAAGGGCCAGUGGACAUCAACAUCGUGGCCAAAUGCAAUGCCUGCCUCUCCAGCCCGUGCAAGAACAAUGGGACUUGCAGCCAGGACCCCGUGGAGCUGUACCGCUGCACCUGCCCCUACAGCUACAAGGGCAAGGACUGCACCGUGCCCAUCAACACCUGCGUCCAGAACCCCUGUCUGCAUGGCGGCACCUGCCACCUGAGUGACGGCCACAAGGACGGGUUCAGCUGCUCCUGUCCCCUGGGCUUCGAGGGGCAGCGGUGCGAGAUCAACCCAGAUGACUGUGAGGACAACGACUGCGAAAACAACGCCACGUGUGUGGAUGGGAUCAACAACUACGUGUGCGUCUGCCCCCCCAACUACACAGGUGAGCUGUGUGAUGAGGUGAUCGACCACUGUGUGCCCGAGAUGAACCUCUGUCAGCAUGAGGCCAAGUGCAUCCCCCUAGACAAAGGAUUCAGGUGCGAGUGCGUCCCUGGCUACAGCGGGAAGCUCUGCGAGAUAGACAACGACGACUGCGUGGCCCACAAGUGCCGCCAUGGGGCCCAGUGCUCGGACGCGGUCAAUGGCUACACGUGCGUCUGCCCACAGGGCUUCAGCGGGCUCUUCUGCGAGCACCCCCCGCCCAUGGUCCUGCUCCAGACCAGCCCCUGCGACCAGUACGAGUGCCAGAACGGGGCCCAGUGCAUCGUGGUGCAGCAGGAGCCCACCUGCCGCUGCCCCCCGGGCUUCGCCGGCCCCAGGUGCGAGAAGCUCAUCACCGUCAACUUCGUGGGCAAGGACUCCUACGUGGAACUGGCCUCCGCCAAGGUCCGGCCCCAGGCCAACAUCUCCCUGCAGGUGGCCACCGACAAGGACAACGGCAUCCUGCUCUACAAGGGAGACAACGACCCCUUGGCGCUGGAGCUGUACCAGGGCCACGUGAGGCUGGUCUACGACAGCCUGAGCUCCCCUCCUACCACGGUGUACAGUGUGGAGACGGUGAACGAUGGGCAGUUUCACAGCGUGGAGCUGGUGAUGUUAAACCAGACCCUGAACCUGGUGGUGGACAAAGGUGUGCCCAAGAGCCUGGGGAAGCUCCAGAAGCAGCCAGCAGUGGGCAUCAACAGCCCCCUCUACCUUGGAGGCAUCCCCACCUCCACGGGCCUCUCCGCCCUGCGCCAGGGCGCGGACCGGCCGCUGGGCGGCUUCCACGGCUGCAUCCACGAGGUGCGCAUCAACAACGAGCUGCAGGACUUCAAGGCCCUCCCGCCGCAGUCCCUGGGCGUCUCGCCGGGCUGCAAGUCCUGCACCGUGUGCAAGCACGGCCUGUGCCGCUCCGUGGAGAAGGACAGCGUGGUGUGUGAGUGCCACCCCGGCUGGACCGGCCCACUGUGUGACCAGGAGGUUCGGGACCCCUGCCUCGGCCACAGCUGCAACCACGGAAAAUGCGUGGCAACCGGGACCUCGUACACGUGCAAGUGUGCCGAGGGCUAUGGAGGGGCCUCGUGUGACCACAAGAAUGACUCCGCCAACGCCUGCUCAGCCUUCAAGUGUCACCAUGGCCAGUGUCACAUCUCAGACCAAGGGGAGCCCUACUGCCUGUGCCAGCCCGGCUUUAGCGGGGAACACUGCCAACAAGAGAAUCUGUGCCUGGGGCAGGUGGUCCGGGAGGUGGUCCGCCGCCAGAAAGGUCACGCGUCCUGCGCCACGGCCUCCAAGGUGCCGGUGAUGCAGUGUCGCGGGGGCUGCGGGGUUCAGUGCUGCCAGCCCACCCGCAGCAAGCGGCGGAAAUACGUCUUCCAGUGCACGGACGGCUCGUCCUUCGUGGAAGAGGUGGAGAGACACUCGGAGUGCGGCUGCCGCGCCUGUUCCUAAGCCCGUGCCCGCCGCAGCCGCCGGGACUCCAGCUCGGUGGGGCUGGGACAGCCACGUGGGACCCCCCACACACACCCCUUGAAAUUCGGAGUGAAGGAGAUGAAGCCCGAGAGGAACCAGAAGAAGAGAAUAUUAAGUAUAUUGUAAAAUAAACAAAAAAUAGAACUUAUUUUUAUUAUGAAAGUGACUAUUUUCAUCUUUUAUUAUAUAAAUAUAUCACACCGUCUGAGUAUAUGUACCAUAUAGUGAGUUAUUUUUACCGAGUUGUGUGUUGUGUAUUUGUUGUGUUUUUAUAAACAGCUGUUAAGAGUUUUAAGGAGAAGAAAAAAGACUAAUAAAAAUGUUUUAAAACGAAAGGAUAAGAAUAAAGGAUGAUAAGCCUGUCUGAGG